AUGCUUCGAAAGUUUGCGGUUACCGUUGACGAUGACGAUGAAGGUGUGCAUCAAUGGAACCGGAGUAACAUACAAGCUGAAUCAAGAAACUCUGUUUUAUGCAGGAGCUGUGAAGUUCUCCUUGGAGGUAGCGAAAAUGGAGCCAGCGUCAAGCCUACAGAAAUAUAUGGGAUUGUCAUAUCAUCCGCAAGUCAUGAUCAAGACUAA